UGUAAACAGACUACAGCGUGAUAUGAUGGUGAAGCGUCAACAUGUCUGUGAACGAAUGUUGCCGUUUUUGCCAUAAGAAUUUAAAAAUAAAAGGUGUUAUUAGUCAGUCUGCAAAAAUAUUUGAAAAAACAUCAAAUGCCAAAACCGUUUUUGAUAGACUAAUUGAUCUAGGAUUGACUUUGACAAGAAGUCCGGAAAAAUCUAUACGAAGUUGUCGAAGGUGUACCAACAUACUUUCCAGAAUCGAACGGGAUUUACCCGUUUUCAGAAAAUGGGAAGAAGAAGAAAAACGAUCCGAUUCGAGUGAACAAGCGUCUGCAUCAACACCAGCAGAUCAAAGUAAUUGGGAACCUCCUGCUUCAGAGAUGCCAAGGAGGGUUCUUCAUAAAUUUUGGCCCAAUCCGCCAGCUCCAAAUCAGACCAAAAUAUCCACGUCUGCACGGCGAAGUAUUACAGAGGUCAUCACCCAUUACCAAUCAGGCCAAACGGCCUGCAAUAUCUGCCAUCCAGAUGAUGCUGGGAUUGUGAACAACAUCAGCAAGAAGAGCUGGAAAACAGCUGCUGGCUUGAUAAUGAAACACAAGGACCUUGUGGAAGAAAUCAAAGUUAAAAUUCUUGAUAUAGUUCAGCAUGAAUGCAAAACCCUCUGCAACCCUAACCAGGGUUUCAUUCUGUGGAGGUCAUCACCUGAGGAUCUGAAGUCUUUUUCAUUUUCCAGUUUAAAGUCAGAUCUCAACCGUCUUUCGCCAUUCCUGUUAUCCAUCUUUUCAACUGCCACCAACCAUUCUCUUCCUUCCACUUGUGCUGCGGCUGCUAUCGCUGUGAGAGGAAGAGAACCUCGCAUGUCUGCCUUUUCUUAUUACCUAAAUAGCAUACUACUGCGUGGUGGGGCAAGGAAGGCCGUUUUUAAAAAGCUGAGCAAAAUGGCCAUUACAACCACUCACUGUAAUGCAGUAGGGAAGCUGAAGGAGUUUACACACACUUUUGGGGAAGGUCUUCAACUGUUGCAGAAUGAGGUGCUCCCGACCUCAGGAGCAGAUGGGCUCACUGAUUCUGCUGGCCAAGAUGAAAAGGACAUUGACCUCGAGGGUGCGAUUGGCACACACGGACAGAGGGAUUCUCAACUAAAACAUGACCUCAUAGACUCAUCUGGUUCCCAAGCUGGGCAGAUGUGCGAGGAAAAGAGACAAAAGAGGCAACAGGAGCGAUCAACUCAAGAGGAAGAGGGAGCUAAAUGGGUCAGCCGCAAGCGUCUACGCAGUGAGGUGCAGCCCAGUCCUCUGAGACUAGUGGUGGACUGCAGCUUUGACAGCCUCAUGAUGUUCAAGGACGUGAGGAAGCUCCACAAGCAAAUCCAGAGAUGCUAUGCAGAAAAUCGAGGAGCUUUACACCCUGUACAGUUUUAUUUAACCAGUUUCAGUGGACAGUUAAAACAAAACAUGGAUGAAACUGACAAAGGAUGGGUGAAUUGGAAGGAUAUAAGUAUCAAAACGGAGCACUACAAUGAAGUCAUACCCAAAGAGGAGCUGGUGUACCUAACCUCUGACUCCCCAAAUGUGCUGACUGAACUGGACGACACCAAAGCCUAUGUCAUCGGAGGCCUGGUGGACCACAACCACCACAAGGGGAUCUCCUUUGAGAGAGCCAAGGAGCUGGGGAUUCAGCAUGCACAGCUCCCUCUAGAAAGCUUUGUCGAGAUGAACAGCCGGAAAGUGCUCGCAGUCGAUCACGUAUUUGAGAUCAUUCUGUCGUAUAUGGAGAAGGGUGAUUGGCAAGAGGCCUUCUUCACAGUCCUGCCUCAGAGGAAAGGGGCGGUUCCUGUUGAGCAGAAUGGCCAAGCAGUGGAAGACAAGGAGGACGAGGAUUCAGACAGAGACUCAGACGGGACCAAGACAGUCAAAGAUAAUACAUCAAGCAUGCCGGACCAACAAAAAGGAGCAAAUGAACAAAUAGAAGCACAAUCAAUUGAGGCUUCUAAAGAGUGGCAUUUUGCAGAGACUACAGUGCUGUAAGAAUCCAUUAAGAUUUAAAAUACUUUGUUUCUGCUGACUGAUGUUGUAAUUGAGAUUUUCCCAUUUGAGUUUUUAAAUUGUAUUUUGUGCUUGUUUUACAUGGCCCAUGUUUCUUUUAAGGUCUUAAAGUGCAGAUGGGUCACACUACAUUUUCAAGAUUUGGCUUGAUGUGCCAAUCAUCUAGAACGAUG